AUGCAGAUACCUGAGUCUCGACUGGGAUCAAAAAUUCAGAACCAUUAUACUAGAACUAAUGAAAUCCUACUCUUUGGCUCUAAUGGACAAAGGCUAGUAUAUAAGGGUCCCAGAGGAGACAAAGGGCCACCAGGAGAAAGGGGUCUACCAGGUGUACCCGGCAUAGAUGGUGAAGAUGGUCCACCAGGGCCACCAGGCCUCCCUGGUCCUCCAGGUCUUGGCGGAAACUUCGCUGCUCAGUAUGAUCCAUCUAAAGCAGCUGAUUACGGCCAUGGACCCAUGGGUAUAAUGGGACCCAGAGGCCCACCUGGAACAAGUGGACCCCCUGGUGCUCAAGGUUUCCAAGGACCUGCUGGUGAGCCUGGUGAACCUGGUCAAACAGGUCCCGUUGGUUCCCGUGGUCCAGCUGGUCCUCCUGGAAAGGCUGGUGAAGAUGGUCACCCUGGAAAACCUGGAAGAUCUGGUGAGAGGGGCGUUUCUGGUCCUCAGGGUGCUCGUGGUUUCCCUGGAACUCCUGGUCUGCCCGGCUUUAAAGGAAUUAGGGGACACAACGGUCUGGAUGGUCAAAGGGGACAAGCUGGUGCUCCAGGUGUCAAGGGUGAACCUGGUGCCCAUGGUGAAAAUGGUAGCCCAGGACAAGCUGGUGCUCGUGGCCUCCCCGGUGAAAGAGGAAGAGUAGGUUCUCCUGGACCCACUGGUGCUCGUGGAAGUGAUGGCAGCGCUGGCCCCACCGGUCCUGCUGGCCCCAUUGGUACUGCUGGUCCUCCAGGUUUUCCAGGUGCUCCUGGUGCCAAGGGGUGCUGGGGACCCACAGCUCCCAUGAAAGCCACUGACUUCCAUGGGAACUACAUAGGCUUCCAAGGCUCAGUGCCUCUGAAAACAGGUAAAAAGGCUAUGUCUACACCGUGA